UUCUCGAAUUUAUACGAAACUAACCGAAGUGACCAUUCGCUAUUUAACGUCAAAUUUUAACCUCUAUUUUUGUUUAUCAUUUUCCACCUAGUUUUCUUCGAAAUUAAAUUAGAAAAAGAAAAUUGUUCACGAGUUUAUUAUUAAUUUAAUUUCGUUUUAUUUAAUCAAAUAAAAAUUAAUAAUAAGUAAUUGAAAAAAUCGGAUCAAACACAAACGAAGGUAGUACGAUUUAUAAACAAUGGUAAAUGAGGAAAUUGUGGAAACAAAUAAAAAGCCAAUGCCAGUUUUUAAGGAUCCAACAUUUCAACAACGUUUUCGACCAACAAGUAGUUCGGGAAAGAAACGAAUUUGGCGUUCAUUGAAGCAAGUACUUGCACAAGAACGAGCACUACCAUGGUCCAAUGAAAUAAUACAUUAUAGUUCAAUAAACGCACCGCCAAGUUUUAAACCGGCAAAAAAAUAUUCCGAUAUUUCGGGUUUAUCAGCACGAUACACAGAUCCACAAACAAAAUUAUAUUAUGCAACAACUGAAGAAUUUACCACAGUACGAAGUUUACCAAUGGAUAUUACCGCUGGUUAUUUAGCAUUACGAGGUGCAUCGAGUAUUGUUGGUUAGAUUUUUGUUUUAAAAUUUUUAUUUAUAUAUACAAUUAAUAAUAAUAUUAUUAUAAAAAAUUUGUAAAAAAAAAUUUUUUUUUCAAUGUAUUUUACUAUUUAAUGAAUAAAUUUUCAAAUAAAAAUAAA